AUGAGCUCCCAAGCAGCCAAAGCUUUCUACGACAGCGCCGAUGACGAGGCAAAAGAGUGGCUGGCCAAGGCGCUCUUCUACCGAGAGCUCGAGACCAUCAAACGGGACGCGCCGCUGCUCGACCCCACCGAGUUCAGGAUCAAAAAGGUGGAAGUGUACGACGAUAAUGCUGCCCGCCCAGGCCAAGUCGGUCUGCGCGGCGGCGCCGCCCCAGAUAGACCGUCCUCGCCGCUUCUGAAGCGCGGCCGGAGCUUCGCAUCCCAGCUUCCUUGGUACUUGACUCGUCUGCUGGCAAAGGCGGGUCAAGUGAUCGAUCUGCUCGACUCCGACGACGAUGCCCCAGCGGCAAAACGGCAGCCGCCGGGGCCGCUCACCGAUAUGCGCAUAGACAUCCCCAAGCUGACGAAGGCCAUGGGGUACGCGGGGACGCUGGAGCGGCAGUUCCCGCUGGAGGUCGAGGCUGCCAGGGCGGACUUUCUGUCGACUGGGUACGAAUACAUGGACCAGGAGACGAUGCUCAACGGGCCGGACUGGCUGCACUACCUGCGCACCUACGACAAGCAGGGGAAUCUUGUCUUGCUCUACAAGGGCUUUCCCAUGGUAGAGGACGUCGUCUUCAUCAAGCAUCCAAACCACUGGCCGUGGUAUUUAACCGGUGUGAAGACCGUGGAGAGCGGGCAGUGCUACUGGCUCGCCGUGGCCCUGCUGAUCUACGGCAACGCUAGCUUCUGGGUGCGGGUCAAGGCCGAGCAUCUCAGCUUCCUCGAGAAGGUUCUGUCGAACCCGGAACACCCUCGACAUCAGUUCUACACAAGACUGAACCAAUCCGACUCCCGAACGACAGCGACAGGCCCGAGAUCAAGUAGUCUCCAACCCGAGACCAUGUUUGACGGGGAUGCAAAUCUUUGGGAGAGGCUGCAGAUUCCCGGCUGCUGGACGAACGAGGAUACGUGCAUUCUCACGGCGGAUGUCUACGGCGUGUUCAUCGUGCUGUACAAGUACCACUCGGGCGAGGUGCCGUGGUGGAACAAGGUCUAUGACAUGAAGACGUAUGGCUCGUACAACAGCCGGCAUCUCUUUCUGUGUUACACGGUAUGGAAUCAUUUCCAGCCCAUGGUGCCCAACGACUACUACGCUUACGAGUUCAAACUGCCGCGCCCGACCCUGCAGUCCACCAAGAAGUACGCGUUGGUGACGAGCGCCAAGCAUCGCCGUCGUGUCGGCGACGGGCCGGACCAUUACUGGCGCGUGGGUGGCCGUGAUAUCAUUCCCUCGCCCUGCUCGCGGCCUUCGUUCGAGCCCGAGCACCUGGGCCGGGCAGUCGGCUACGGGCCAUACGUGAACCAGUCCGCCGCCCCUCAGCCACAGCCGGCGCAGCAGCAAGACCCUGCGCAACAGCAAGCGCCUGCGCAGCAGCAAGACCCUCCGCAACAGCAAGCGCCUGCGCAGCAGCAAGCACCGGAGCAACAGCAAGCGCAGGCCCAGGCCUCUCCAGACUCGGGGUUGCCGUCGAGCGUUGCCCGGGGUAUCGCCAGCAUGCUUUCAGCCCCCCAGGCCGGGGCGCGCAGUCCUCCACAGCCCAGCAUCAUCACGCAAGCCGACGUACACACCGUGCAGAACGCCGUCAACAUCCUCCAGCAGUUUGUCAGCGGCGUCACCCAGGCUGGCUCCAGCACCUCGCUCAAGCGCUCAGCCGCGUCGCCACCCGACGACGGCAGACCCGCCAAGAAGCGGCGGCGGAACACCGAUCCCGGCGCCCGCCCCGGCAACCUCCUGGGCGGCGACGGCAACCAGCUGUCCUCGGUCCAGCCGUCCUCCGUCCUCCGCUCUUCAGCGGCACAACAACCCAACCUCGCGCCGCCUCAACCACCACCACAACAGCCACCACCGCAACAACGGUCACCAGCGCAACAACAGCCACAGCCACCACCAGCAGCAGCCCAACAACAACCACCGCCCGUGAUCGUGAUAUCCUCCUCCUCCUCCUCCUCCUCCCCCUCCUCCGGCACUGAAUCCGACCGGUGGUUCGACGACACCUGCUGGCGACCAGCGACCAAGUGGCUGCUGAUGCGCGAGCCGGUCAAGCGGCUGCGCAGCUGGUGCAGCGACCUGAAGCUGGCCCGGGACGACGAGGAGCUCGUUUGGCUCAAGGAGAUGUGCGCGGACGCGCUGGUGCGCGCCGGCGUCGAGGUGCGCGUGCACCCCGUCCCGAACAAUCUCGGCCUCAGCCGCACCACCAUCGUGAACGCGUACGAGGAGGUGCAUUAUUACCUUGACGAGGGGGUCAUUCGGUUGCCUGGUGGGCGGGAAGUCGAGGAUAGUGAUGAGGAGGAUGGGAAGGAGGAUAAUGAGGAGGAUGAGGAGGAGGCUGAUGAGGACGGUGAUGAUAAGGAGGGUGAUGGGGAGGGUGAUGAAGAGGGUGAUGGGGAGGGUGAUGAAGAGGGUGAUGGGAAUGGGGAUGGGGAUGGGGAUGGUGACGGCGAUGGGAAUUAA